AUGUUGCGCAGAUACGCCCUCGGUUUCUCCUCUGUCGGAAGACAAUUCUCUACCAUGGGAUCACCUACCCCCCUCGAAGACGCCAUUCGCGCCAAGAUUGUCGCGGCGCUCAACCCUCUGACGCUGGAGAUUUACAACGAUUCUCACCUUCACUCCCACCACAAGGCCAUGCAGGGCAGCACCUCCAAGGAGACUCACUUUCGCCUCGUCAUCACAUCAGACGCCUUCAAGUCCAAGAUGCAGCCGGCCCGCCACAGGAUGAUUUACGCCCUGCUGCGCGACGAGAUGGCCCAGGAGGGCGGCAUCCACGCCCUCCAGCUGCGCACCCUGACGCCCGAGGAGGAGGCCAGGCAGCAGAAGAAAAAGGAUGAUGACGCCGCCGCCAAAGCUGCUGCUGCUGCUGCCACCGCUGCCGCCAACGAGGGCGCGUGA